AACAAACAUGGCUCCCAAAUACACACUUGCAGUGUUGCUACUUGCAUUGGUGUUUGCAGCAGUCUCCAUUGCUGAUGAAUACCCUAAACCUAUUCACGACAAGCCUCCAUUCCAAAAGCCACCCUAUGAGAAGCCUCCAUACCAUAAGCCACCAUUCGAGAAACCACCACACGACAAGCCACCCUAUGAGAAGCCACCACAUGAGAAGCCACCAUAUGAAAAACCACCACACGAGAAGCCACCAUAUGGAAAGCCACCCCAUCAGGAGGAGCAAGUAGAGAAGGUUGAGGUUAAUGGC